AUGACUACCCCGCCAAGCCCAAUUGAGGAAUCAUUUGGCACUGCUACACCUAUCGAAGGAACCAGAACGCCAAAGGAGAAGCGCCGUCAGAAACUCCUCAGAGGAAUUCAACGAGUUUCUUCGUCUCCGGCUUUAGCUAAACUAGGCCGAUCGCGUUCUUCUGCCAGUCCUUACGGAACAAGAGGCAGCUUGUCCUGCGUAAGCCUUUCAGCGAACUCGCCAUUUGGGCAAUACACCCCUGGAGCACCAUAUACCCCGGGAGCCCCAUCCUCUGGUGACUACUUUUCCUCUACGCAUCCUUCAAGUUCGGGCACGCCGAUUGUCGAGUUCCCUGAGUUCAACGGCAUCGAAAGUCGUCUCGGUAUUCGAAAGAUCGGCAAUGGGUCGACGCCAUGCUUGACUCCCGGCUCAAUCGGGCUGCCGGCCGACGUUACGACACGAUCCCGUUCCGGUACCGCCGCCCGCAGGCCGCCUUACGACUUCUGGUUGAAUAUGCCUGACGAAAUUCGCGUCCACAUAUUUUCAUAUCUCGACCCGAAAGAGCUAGUCUGCAGUUCUCGUGUUAAUAAGGAGUGGUACAAUUAUUGUUUCGACGGACAAUUAUGGACGAGACUGGAUGCGUCCAACUUCUAUCAGAAUAUCCCUGCCGAGUCACUUGCCAAGAUUAUUCUUGCUGCAGGUCCGUUCGUUAAAGAUCUCAACCUACGAGGUUGCAUGCAAGUUGAGCACUACAAGCGAGCGGAGGUAGUCGCCAAGGCCUGCAAAAACCUCAUGAAUGCAACUUUAGAGGGUUGCCGAAACUUUCAGAAGUCAACGUUGCACAGCCUGAUCAAAGCCAAUGACAAGCUGGUAAACCUCAAUCUUACUGGUUUGCCUGCUGUAACAAAUAGCACUUGCAAAAUCAUCUCCCAGCACUGCCCGCAACUGGAGACUUUCAAUGUCUCUUGGUGCAAGCAUAUGGAUGCCAAAGGCAUUAGAAUAGUGGUCCUUGCUUGCCCAAAGCUAAAGGACAUUCGAGCUGGAGAAAUCAAGGGUUUCGAUAGUCUUGACGUGGCCCAGGCAAUCUUUGAGACCAACAACCUCGAGCGUCUAGUUCUGAACGGAUGUGCAGAUAUAACCGAUGAGGCGUUGAAGACCAUGAUCCGGGGAGUUGAUCCUCAAAUCGACAUACUUACCAAUAGACCGACCAUGCCACCAAGGAAGCUUCGACACCUCAACAUCAGCCGUUGCCGAAACCUUACGAACAAAGGUGUGGAGGCACUUGGUCACAUGGUUCCUGACCUCGAGGGACUGCAGCUCAGUGGUUGCACGGCUUUGACGGACUCGGCCCUCGAGCCGAUUCUGUCAAGUACGCCCCGGCUUACGCACCUCGAGCUGGAGGAUCUUGCAGAUCUCACCAAUGAUCUCAUGUCACAACACCUGGCCAAAGCACCAUGUGCUCCCAGGCUUGAGCACUUGUCGGUCAGCUAUUGCGAAAACCUAAGCGACACUGGCAUGCUUCCUGUCGUCAAAAGUUGUGUCAGCUUGAAAAGCAUUGACAUGGACAACACACGGAUUGGUGACCUUGUAUUGGCUGAGGCGGCUGCCAUGGUUCGAUCGCGCGCCACUCGUACACCAAGGCGAGAUUCGCGUCCACACAUUGGUCUUCGCUUGGUUGUGUAUGAUUGUCAGAUGGUGACAUGGACAGGAGUUCGUGAGGUCCUCUCGUGGAAUGCGGAAAUCAGACAACCGUCCGGGAACACACCAACAUAUCCUACUGAGAUCAUCGGGUUGAAGUGCUUCUACGGCUGGCAGCAGACAGUUGACCAGCACACCCAGCGAGUCCUUCGUGGCGACUAUGCUGCCGCUGGUAGACUGGAACGCAAGUGGGCAGACUAUAUGCAAGCCAUGGAGGAGGCAGGAGCUUCAGGGGCUGGUUACCGCCGCAGAAGGCGUCGGGCUAGGGAUGCUCAGAACAUCCAUGCAGAUGAGGAAGAAGGUGGUGCCGGCACCGGAAGACGCCGUGCAAGAACGGUUGCUUCCUCUUGUGCCAUCAUGUGA